AUGUCGUGCGGAAAUCCACAAGCAGAGCCAGAUGCCUUGAUGCAGCGUAAGAAGAAGUACGACAAAACAAGGAAUUGCGUGCGGUGCAAGGAUGCUAUAGGAAACAUAGUAAUUAGACACGCAGUCUACUGCAAGUACUGCUUCUUCCCUCUCACCACGCACAAGUUUCGUCGGGCACUCGAACCCAAUGUGAAUGCCAAACCAGACGGUCCCCGGAAGACUGCGCUCAAGCCGGCUGGAACUUUGCUUGUUGGUUUUUCUGGGGGUCUAGGAUCAUCGGUGCUCCUGGAUCUCGUGUACAAGUGCUAUGUCUCACUAGAUAAGUCAACAAUGCCGGCUGAAGGGGGGCGAGAUCAUCCUCGACACGAACGUGUGUGGAAGAAGAUCACUGUAUGCUAUGUGGAAGUAUGCGAUGCGUUUCCUGGGACGCCGGAUCGAACAGAGGAUGUCACAAAGUUCGUGUCUCGUUAUGAUGAACUACAGCUCGCCACCCUUCGAAUACAAGACGCGUUCGACCCUGCAUGGUGGGAGAAGAUCGGAGGGAGGAUGUCUUUCGCGGAUAUCGGAGUGUCCCUAGCAGACGAAGCACUCUUCAUUGGGUCGCUAACUCAGUCCCACCUGGAUCCGCUCGCAGCGCUUCGCGCAUAUUUGUCUUCUCUUCCGACCCCUACAGCAGUCCACAGCGCCAUACAAACCCUCGUACGCGUCCUGCUCCUUCAUAGCGCCCUUCAUACCGGAGCAUCUCACCUAAUACUCGGCACCUCGCUCACGAGUCUUGCAAUCUCCUUGAUCUCUGGCGUCGCCCAAGGUUCAGGAUUCAAUAUACGAGAGGAGACGUCAGAGGAAUGGUAUCCUGAUACCGGGGUGACAAACGUGCCCGAGUAUUGGCCCGACGAAGGGAGGAAAGGCAAGAGGCUCAAGCGUACGGUGCGUGUAGUGCGACCCCUGCGAGAUAUCGGCAUGAAAGAGUGCGCCGCCUGGGCAUGGUGGUCGCAUAUACCUGUCGUGGGGAAGGAAACGUGGCUUUGGCCUGGGGCGAAGCCAGGCAUUGGUACACUCACCAAAGAAUUCAUCCUAGGUCUUGAACAGGACUACCCAUCAACAGUGUCCACGAUCGUCCGGACCUGCGCCAAGCUCCAACCCAAGGGCGAGGUCGAGGGCAAGUGCAUCCUCUGCGGACGCCCCGCGCAGCGUGGCGUACAAAAUUGGAAGGCACAAAUAGCCAUCCGUUCGCAGCCUCCUCCGCCGCCUGCCGCGGACGCCCGGGCGGCCUUGUCUCCUGCCCUCGUUGUAGCAGAGCCCCCCUUUCAGGCGUCCCUCACACCUUACCUCUGCUACACUUGCCACACGACACUUACGAGCAGAAGCGCUCGGCCUGUGCCCACUCCAUGGCCGGACCUCGCACGACCCUCGGUCGUCAGUCUUCCAGUGUGGACCGCGGCUCGCCUCUCCGUCUCAGCAGAGAGCGAGGGUGCCGAAAUGGUCGAGCCGACCGACGAAGAGGUCGUGCGACAGAGGAAGAUGGGGCAAGAUGAGAUGAAGAGUAUCGUGAAUGAAUUCCUGCUGGAAGAUUAGCG